AUGGAGGAAUAUCUCUAUUCUGCAUAUGAUAUUGAAAGGAAAAGCCUGGCUCCCAGCCAGUUGGCGAAGAGGAAGCCGGGAGGUGAUGGCUCUGAGAAUGAUGAAGACUGGCGUCCAAAAGAUACUUCCAAAAGGCAGAAAUAUAGCAACAAGACUGAGAACAGAGAGUGUUAUAUGUCACCUUUCCGGAAGCCCUUGACUCAGUUAACCAAUCGCCCUCACUGCCUAGAUGGUAGCACACAUGAGGCCUUUAUCCGCAGCAUUUUGUCAAAACCUUUCAAAGUACCCAUUCCAAAUUAUGCAGGAUCCUUGGGCUUUAGGGCAUUGGGUAUCAAACGUGCAGGAGUAAGGCACGCUCUUCAUGAUCCUUUUGAACAAGGAGCCCUGGUGCUGUAUGAACCGCCACCUCUGAGUGCUCAUGACCAAUUGAAAAUAGACAAGGAAAAAGUGCCUGUUCAUGUUGUGGUGGAUCCUGUUCUUAGUAGCAUUUUACGACCUCAUCAGAGAGAGGGGGUGAAGUUCCUGUGGGAUUGUGUCACAGGUUGUCGGAUUCCUGGAAGUCAUGGCUGCAUCAUGGCAGAUGAGAUGGGUCUGGGUAAGACCUUGCAGUGUAUCACUUUGAUGUGGACGCUCUUGCGCCAGAGUCCAGAUAGCAAGCCUGAAAUUGACAAGGCAAUCGUGGUCUCGCCCUCCAGCCUGGUGAAAAACUGGUACAAUGAAGUAGGCAAAUGGCUUGCAGGAAGGAUCGAGCCGCUGGCUAUUGAUGGAGGCUCCAAGGAGGAGAUAAACAAGAAGCUAGCUGGCUUUAUGAACCAAAGAGGCCUUAGAGUUCCAUCUCCCAUCCUGAUAAUUUCUUAUGAGACAUUUCGCCUUCAUGCUGAAGUUCUACAGAAAGGGAGUGUUGGGCUGGUCAUAUGUGAUGAGGGCCACAGGCUGAAGAACUCAGACAACCAAACAUACCAGGCACUCAACAACCUGAACACGCCACGGCGGGUGCUCAUCUCAGGAACCCCGAUUCAGAAUGACCUCCUUGAAUACUUCAGUCUAGUACAUUUUGUCAACUCUGGGAUUUUAGGAACAGCUCAGGAGUUUAAAAAGCACUUUGAAAUCCCCAUCUUGAAAGGGAGGGAUGCAGAUGCGAGAGAAGCAGAUAGGCAGAAAGGAGAAGAGAGACUGAAAGAGCUGAUCAGCAUUGUCAACAGGUGUCUUAUAAGGAGGACUUCUGAUAUUCUCUCCAAAUAUCUGCCGGUGAAAAUUGAGCAGGUGGUGUGCUGCAGGCUGACUCCCCUUCAGUCUGAACUGUACAAACACUUCUUAAAGCAAGCAAAACCAGCUGAAGAUGUGAAAGAUGGAAAGAUCAGUGUUUCAUCUCUCUCUUCAAUCACAUCUCUGAAGAAGCUCUGCAAUCACCCUGCUCUGAUCUAUGAGAAAUGUGUGGAGGAGGAGGAAGGGUUUGUGGGUGCUCUGGAGUUGUUCCCACCUGGCUACAGCAUUAAAUCCCUAGAACCACAGCUCUCAGGAAAGAUGCUGGUUUUGGACUAUAUCUUGGCAGUUACCAGGAGCACCAGCAAUGAUAAGGUAGUCCUAGUGUCUAAUUACACACAGACACUGGACCUCUUUGAGAAACUCUGCAGAACUAGAAGGUACUUGUAUGUCCGUCUGGAUGGCACCAUGUCCAUUAAAAAGAGAGCAAAGAUAGUGGAACGUUUCAAUGCUGUCUCUAGCCCUGAAUUCAUUUUCAUGCUAAGUAGCAAAGCUGGUGGCUGCGGCUUAAACCUGAUAGGAGCAAACAGACUUGUGAUGUUUGACCCUGACUGGAAUCCAGCCAAUGAUGAGCAAGCCAUGGCCCGUGUGUGGAGGGAUGGUCAGAAGAAGACUUGCUAUAUCUACCGGUUGCUUUCGACAGGAACAAUUGAAGAAAAGAUCUUCCAGCGACAAACUCACAAGAAGGCACUCAGCAGCUGUGUGGUAGAUGAGGAGCAAGAUGUGGAAAGGCAUUUCUCUCUUGGAGAGCUGAAGGAGCUUUUCAUUCUUAAUGAGACCACUAGAAGUGAUACCCACGACAAGAUCAAGUGCCGUCGCUGUGUGAAUGGCCAUCAGGUCAGGCCACCUCCCGAGGGGUCUGAUUGCACUUCUGAUCUCUCCCAGUGGAACCAUUGUGCUGAAAAACGUGGGCUGCAGGAUGCUGUCCUAAAGACUGCCUGGGAUGCUGCUAUCACCUUUGCUUUCUACCAUCAUUCCCAUGAGGAGCAGCGAGGGAUACCGUGACCAUUGGAUUGGACUAAGCCUUUUGAAACUCAAGCGAUUUCCCUUCUUUCUAUGAAAGCAGAAAUUUGAUACCUCUACAGCUGUUGACUUGGUAGCAUUAAGGCAAC